AUGACGAGUUCUCGCCUGGCUGCGGACACCCGGGCACCAAUGCUGCGGCUGCAAAGGAUCUUCUUACCAGCAGGUCUGCUGUUGUGCCUUCUAUGGGGGCUGCAGGCCGGCGUUUCGGCCUUCCUGCAGAUCGCUCCCAGCCCAACGCUUAGCAGAGCAGACCUGGCGCCAGUUCGCUCCCGCUCGCAGACGAGUCCCUCAGACUCGAGCAAAGGCCCUGCAGGUAGUGGUCUACUCCUCGCACUUCUGGGAGCAGCGGCCUUUGCUUCGCGAAGGCCCGGGCCAGCCACCUUUGCUGGGCACAGCCGCGCCCACGUGGCUGCAAGCAACCUGCUUGUGGCACAGCCGGGAGACGCAGUUGACAUCGAGUCCAUCGUUGGCAUGGGUCAGGUGCCUCGCAGGCCUCAUGUGCGCAUCGCGGACCGCACGCUCAAAGAGUGGUCGCGUGGAAGGAGGAUCAACAGCGCCGCGAAGCAGCGCUUCCUCAUUCGUCGCGAGCCAUCGGGUCGGAUCACCGUCUGGCGACGUCAGUGGGGCCAGCGUAACCUGAAGUCGAAGAAGACGCCGGCUCACCUGAAGAGAUUGAAGCAGAUGGUCCGCAUUCAUCGAUGUCAGUACAAGCGCGUUGCUAAACUGCUGCGAAUCCACUUCGUGCCUCCAAAGCCUUGCGACUUCAUCAUGCGCAAGUUCUGCGAAAAGCGCCUGAAGGACCACCUCGGCAUGCACGACAAUGUAGGCGUGUCCAUGUGGACGGGCACCAAAGGAUGA